AGCUCUGAUAGGAAGUGUGCUCACCUCUACUGAUGGCGCCUCCAAACUUUAAUGGCACCUGGGCCAUGGUCAGCAAUGACAACUUUGACCGCUACAUGCAGAGUCUGGGUAUUGACAUUAUCACCAGGAACUUGGCCAAAUUAGUCAAGCCACAGAAGAUCAUAGAACAAGAUGGAGAGGUCUUUGUCAUCCGGACACUCAGCAGUCUGCGCAAUUACCGGGUCCAGUUCACGCUGGGGCAGGAGUUUGAUGAAGACACCAAGGGCCUGGAUAACCGAAAAUGCAAGAGUUUAGUCAAACUGGACAAUGGACGACUAGUCUGCAUUCAGAAGGGGGAGAAGAAGAACCGGGGAUGGGUUCAUUGGCUGGAUGGAGAUGAUCUACAUCUGGAGCUGAGCUGUGAGGACCAGGUUUGCAGACAACUGUACCGGCGAGUUCAGGAGGCCUGUUGACGUGUCCUCAAUCUGUCUGAGCGCUGCCUGAAGAUGAAAGAAGUGUUUAUCUAUGCAAUAACUGUUAUUUCCAGUUGAUAUUUAUUUUUUAUAAGGCUU